AUGGUCGGAGGCCCCAACAAGCGAAUGUCUGCCGUGACGGUUCAUGAGAAGGCGGAGACUGUGGAUCUGCGGACAGAGGACCCGUUCAACGGUGAGCUAAGUACUUUGCCCCCGAACCCACUGCACAAGCAAGCAUCCGAGUAUCUUGCUCACUCACCAUCUUUCGCCACCGUUUCUAGCUUGGCCCGAUUCGUGGAUAUGAGAGUUCCAGUACCGCAGUUUCCCACUACAUCGAAGCCAGAAGCUCUGUGGCAGAAUGCUCGGCAGCUUUCACUGAAUCUAACGCUGGGCCGCUGGGAACCCCAGAUUGAGGGCUCCAUGAUGUUCGUAACCGCAGAGUGA